UCGGACGCUGUUUGUAUCGUUUUGGACUUCUCUCGGGUUACUAGAAUUUACUGAUCUGACAUUACAGUUCGUUAAUUUCCUGAGCUAUGACAGAUCAAGCUGUGGUAUGGCACGGUGACGACGUAGCGUCAGAUGACGAAAUCGCCUCUUCUUCCUUUAAAUUAUUCCCCGAGUCCACCAGCAUGGACUUUGGAGACGUUUCUUUGUGGCCAAACCGUCCAGCCAGUAAGUGGGCAGGUAGCAAACUAGGGGCUUUGCAGUUCAAGCUCGAGAAACUAAUGCAGAGGGCUCGGUGCAACAAGUACUCCCGCGAUAACGAUCCCAAAGACUUUCCGAAGCGGAUCAAGGGGUUCCAGGUAAUUCGCCUAGCAAACAGUGUGUUCGGUGUGCACGGCUGGUCGUCAAAAAUCACGUCCCUGAAAACCCUCGUGUGCGAUAUGGACGGAAGCGUUGUCAACUUGGUGGUUGAAGUGACGUUGGCGGUGACGCUCAAGGACGGAACCUUCAACGAAGGCAUAGGCACCGGAUCCAUGACAAACUACCCCGCUGAAAAGAUUGAUACUAAGGGAGCGGUUUUCCAGAUGUGUCGCAAGGAAGCCGUGACCAACGCGCUAAAGACGUGUAUCUUGUCGUUUGGCGAAGACCUUAUGGAAAGAGACAGUGCCCGCGACUUGAAGUUUUUUGACAAUCAAAUUAGAUAGGCGAGAAAGUGGAGGAAAGGUUACCAGGAAUUCUGUCAAUUUACCUGAGUUUCCCCGAUUGAUGCUAUAAAUUAUUGAAGCAUGGUCCUCAAGCCUUGAGACAGCGGGGUGUUAUGAGAUUCAGCUUCCCGCAUACUCACUCUGAAUCCACGUUCCACUCCCGUUGGAACCAAAGGAGGCACAGUGAGGGAGCACCUUGUAUAUGUGUUGAUGCCUGACUUCGCAUGGCAUGUCCGUCGGUGUUUCCGAGAUUUGUCACUAUGAAUUAGAGAACAUCAAACCUGUGUGAGAUCGUCAAACCUGUGAGGCAUGAAAGGAGAAAUAACUUUAUUUUACCGAUAAAUCGUUAGCUAUUCGGGACUAAUCCCA